UGCCUUCCCCACGACUGGCACCCGUUCGCUUUCUGUGCCCGUUCCCUGCCAAUCUUCCCCCACACGCCCUGCCUCGAGAAGUAUGACCCCUCCCGCGGAGCCUGCCACCCCCCCUACCGUUGGCGCCGGUAUCCAGCCGGGCGCCGGCGUUGUGCCACCGAAGAACCGCCCUCUGCUUGGCCCCUUCGGCACCCACCGCGUGCGCGUCAAGUACAUGAACAUUCGCGAGUGCGCCGAUACCUUCACCUUCAACACUCGGCUUUCGCUGCAGGAUAAUCUCAAUGAGCUGGUUGCCACCAAGCUCAACCAGAUCUCCAACCUGCACCGUGUCAUCUCGAUGAACUACACCGAGAGCGAGGGGCUUCUCCGGAGAAACUGCGCUCUCUGCACCGUGUGGUAUGAGGUUCUGGAGCCUGUCCGCUCAUCCACCCCCAAUGAUGGCAGCGUGGCCGCCGACAUGGCCACCGCUGCCGCCGCACAGGCCGCCUCCCAGCGCUGAGCCCCGCCCACCACCCCUCGCCUGGUCUCCAUCCGGGAAGAAAUACAACCCCCAUCGUCAUGC